AUGGCACUACCUUCUGCCAUCGUUGAGGAGGGUGUGAGCACAGUGUUCUCGUACAUCUCAACCAAGGUCGAAGACAAGGCGUCCAGAGCAGACACAAUCGCAAGGCUCGAGAUUGCACUCUCUCGCUUGGAUAUUGCCCUUGAGAAGACAGGGAGGAUACCAACCACAUAUAUCUCAUUGCUACGUAGCAGGAAGGUUCUCAAGAGAGUCUAUAUGGAGGGGAUAGAACUGCUCAACAAGCACAAGCCGCAGGAUGAGAAUGAUGGCCAUGUUGUGGUAAGGAGUUCCUCUUACCUUCAACGUAUUGUCGACAGGGCUGCAAACUUCUCCAUCUCUUCUCUUGUUGGCUUGGGCAAGGAGAAAAAGUUGAGUUCCUCCGUUGCCCAAAAAUUUGAGAGGUAUGCAGACUGGGCUGAAAAGUUUGUAGCAGAGGUGGAGUCCGGCUGCCCACUCCGGCAUGACACCUUCCGCUAUCCAUUUCUUAAGCAUCUUCUUGAAGGGAAAAGUCUCAGGUGUCAAAUCGUAAAGAAUCCAAGCCAUUCCCUCAGUUUAGACCUACAACCCGUGAUUGUAGAAGGGCGUGGCGUAGAGGUCAAACUAAGUUAUGAAUAUAACGAUCUCAGGAAGCUCGAGGAACGCUUCUUUAUAAAUCUGUGGCUACGAAUCUCCGAAGACACCGAUAUCAUAGGGAUGAGUAUUAAGUGCAUCCAGCGGUUGACAUCUCAGUUCAAGCUUGUGGCUGAAUCUGCAAUAGGAGAACUCACGCUGCUGCCUAAUUUGCAGGACACUUUCCAUUCCUAUUCCUAUGAUCUUCCAUUCAGUUCCAUCAUCAAAGAAAUAAAUGGACGUUUUACAGAUUUAUUCCGCCCCUAUCCAAUAUGUUGCAAUGGAAAUAGCUGCGGAACUCUAGCUAACAAGUCUUCAAUCGAAAUUCCGGAGCCAGUUAUUCUGGUCAAAUUUGGGUGCUGUAUUUCAGCGCCCAAAAACAGCUUGCGUAACGCACCCCUGUCACUGACAGGUUUUUUUCUGCCUCAUUUUCCUUGGUACUCCAACGAAGAGAUUCGUAUUGAGUAUGGAGGCAAACAGGAAAAUAGAAGCGGUGGUAGUGUGCAACAACUGGAGGAGAUAGCAAGAUCAGAUGCGCUCGAUUAUUUGGUCCAUGAACCAGAACCCACGGAUUAUACUCUGUCGUGGGUUUCCACGCAUGGUUAUGCAGCCGUUACUCUGAAGGCCAUGCCAAGACCCAGCCGGAGGGUUUCUAAGAGAAAGCGGUAG